AUGGCGCACUCGAAGCGAAACACCUCCCUACCCCACUUUACCUCCUACGAACGCGGUCUUCUUCGCUCAACCUGGGGCACAAAACGCAGCGCAAUCGGCCGCGACAGCUUCCUAACCUUCGGCUCCUGUCGUCUAUGUCUGCAACCCGCGCGCGCACCUGUAGUCGCAUGCGCCAGCAACGGCGACCUCUUCUGCCGUGAAUGCGCAAUCAAUGACCUCCUCUCUCAGCGACAGGAGAUCAAACGGCUUGAGAAAGAGCGCGACGAGGCGAGGAAACGCAUUGCGGAGGAUGAGGAGCGAUCGCUGGCGGAGAUGAAGGAGAGGGAUCUUAGGGAUUUCGAGCUUGUUUCUAUGGGAUUGGAGAAUAAGGGUGGGAAGAAGCGCAAGGCGGAGGAGUCGGAGGCUUUGGAGAAGUUUAAGGCUAGGGAGGUUGAGGUUGAUGGGAAGAGGAAGAGGGUUUUUGAGCUUGGGGAUGAGGAGAUGGCUCGUGUUGCUGGGGAGGAGAGGGAGAGGUUGAGGAGGGAGUUGAAGAUAGAGAAGUCGAAUGGCAAAUCUGCUCUCCCGUCCUUCUGGGUCCCGUCUCUAACGCCCAACACGGACGCGAAUGAAAUCGCCGCCAACAAGACCGUCAAGUUGACGCCUGUUUGUCCUGGCUCGACGGAUGAGAGCCGGCAUAACUACUCGCUCAAGUCACUUGUUGAGGUUAAUUUCACGGAGGAGAAGGCUUCCGACGGGACUGUGUCCAGGGUGUGUCCGAGUUGCAAGAAGAAUUUGAGCAAUGGGCUCAAGGCGAUGCUCACAAAGCCCUGCGGGCAUGUUAUUUGCUCUCCGUGUGUUAUGAAAUUCAUGACUCCCCACGAACACCACGUUCCCGAUCCACAUGCCUCGAAGGAGGAGCAGGAGAAGACUGCUGCUCUCCAUGGCCAGGUUCUAUGUUUCGUCUGUGAGACAGAUCUUACGGCAAAGUCAAAACCAGACGACAAUGGCAAUGGGAAUGGGAAUAGCAAGAAGUCUAAGAAGAAGGAUAAGGAUGCUAUUCAGCCUGGUCUGGUGGAGAUCUCUUCCGAGGGGACUGGGUUUGCUAGCAAAGGUGGGAAUAUGGGAAAGAAGACCGGAGUUGCAUUCCAGUGCUGA